GGCUUACUAAGCGAGCGGACGUGUAACUGAGACACGUUUUGAAAUCGAUACACAUGUCUCUCGUCUCGCUUUCAUCUCGUUUGCAUUUAGUCGUCUUGUGCGACCCUCAUGUACAGCCCGCGAAAUAUCAUUUCGUUCUUUCAAACGCGUUCACUCGCAGACCACGCCAAAGUGCUUCAUUCGAUCGACUGCAACCAAAAACGCUCGAUUUUUUUCCGGUGGUCCAGCUUGUGUCGGAAGACCACCUCAUGACAAUGAGUCUGACCAGUCUAUGGGAUUUCUCCAGCACUACAUCAUCCACAGUCCACGCGUCUUCACAGACAGCGGAUAUGAAUGUCUGGGUAGCACGCCGUGCAAAGGUCCUAUGGUCCUAUAGCCACCCUCUUGCAUAGACAUAUCAUGCCACCGCCCAUGCCCCUGGGCAGAUCAUAUAGCAGGACGCCGCGAGACCAACGUACUGCUAGCCGGACAACAUGCAUGCAUGUCAUACAGAAAAUGCGGUUGGGAGGAUGUGCACGUGCACUGGUUAGGGGCAGGGCACGAUCAGGUUGGAGUCAAGAUGCACGGACUUCUACCAGGUGCCCGAGGAAUGGAUGCUGAUGGGAUGAGUAGUAGAAUGCCCUUCGUAUAGUACCAGGAUCUGUAGCCAGGAUUCGCACGUUUCUCGCGACUUCUCAGGAGUACAAUCGAGGCAGCUUCACGAUACUAGGAGACAAAAAGAACUAGCUGCAAAGGAUGAAAUGAUAAUCCACAUGCAUGCAUAUUUUUUUUAAUGGCACGUCAUUGCUUUUCC